AUUUUCGCUGCCAAUAAUGGGAAGCAGUGAGUAGUGGGGGCCAAAGCCACACAAAAAGGGUGUAUAAACCACUACCCAAAAUCCACCAAUUGAACUAUCCAUACUACCCCAACACAAAUUCAUUACUCCCAAUUGAUCCUUCCAUACCAAUCUCUUUUCUUCCCUAAUUUUCUAGGAAACCCACCAAUUUUCUUUUAUGCUAUUAGGUUGAUUCUCAAUUCCCACUCGAAAAAAGCUUUCCCCCUUUUCCCUCAUCUAACUUUCAAUUUUUCUUGCCCCAAAGUCCACUCUAUCUCUUUCCAAUUUCAUUAACUGGGUUUUGGUUUUCCCCUCAAUCCAUGUUCUUCUCUGCGCUUUUCGCUUAAUUUCAACCAUGGUGAUGCUCAAUAGUUCUUUCGCUGCUUGGAUCAGCCGCUUGUUUGCUUGCAUGGGGGGUUGUUUUGGAUGCUGCACUAAACCCACACCUAUUAUUGCUGUGGAUGAGCCAUCUAAAGGACUAAGAAUUCAAGGACGAGUUGUUAAGAAACCUAGCAUAUCUGAUGGUUUUUGGAGCACAAGCACAUGCGAUUUGGAUAAUAGCACCAUUCAGUCUCAACGGAGCAUCUCGUCUAUCAGUACAUCAAACCUCACUCUCAGUCAUAGCAAUGUUGCUGGCAGUGUGAGCAGCUCUUCCGAAUUUGUAAAUCAUGGUCUCCUUCUCUGGAAUCAGACUAGGAUGCAGUGGAUUGGAAGUGGUACUACUAAGACGACAGAUGAAACUGAACAAAGACAGAAGGCAAAAAUCAGUUGGCGUGCAACGUAUGACAGUUUACUGGGUACAAGACAACCUUUUCCCCAUCCAAUUCCUUUGUCUUAUAAAACACAACAUACAAUGGCGAAAGAGUCAGUAGGCAAAACAGAAGUUCCACAAUCAUCAAAUAAGAGAGGAAUGAAGGACCCUCCAAAAGAAGAACCGAGAAAAAGCCAAAAAUAGAAAAAUAUGGUUUCAUUAAGUUAAAUAAAGAGUGCAAAACGUAUAGAAGAAAGUGAAGAAGAGACUAAAAACAAGGUAAGUGUUGCAAUACAAUUAAUAAACAUGAACUAAAUUGUCUAAUUUAAUAUUCAAAACAAGGGGAACAGGAAAAGACAAAAAGUGUGGAAGAGAAAAAAAGGAAGAAGAUGAUAUAGAUGAAGAAUGGGAAGUGGAGACAGAAGAAAAAGAAGAGUUAAGAUCAACAAAAGAGUGAAGCGAAAAAAGUACGCAACCAAGGACUAAUAAGAAUGGACAAAAGAAGACAAAAAGAGGAAGAAGGUAAUUAAUUGUAUAUAAAUUACGUAACUCCAACCUCUUUGUCUAUUGUAUUUUAUCUAUUCUUGUAACAAAAAUGUAAAAUAGGUGAUAACUCCAAAGAAGGGAACAAAAAAUGAUGACAGAAGAAGAAAAGAAAAAUGACAAUUGAAGGAAGAAAGGGCCAAGGUAUACGAUUAUGUACUGUAUUUCACACGAUACGGGUCUUUGUACUGUAGAAAUAUGUAUAAUUGAUUAUUGGAAUUACAUUGUACUACAAUUACAGUGUAUCUGUAAUUAUCCUA